AUGAAGGUCCUUCAGAACACUGGACUGAUUCUUCUUGCUGCCUCCCUUGCUGCGGCCACGUGCUUUAAGGGGAAGGGCGCCAUCCAAGUCGCUCGUGACAACAUCCCUGUGGUCUGCGCCCAGCUUCAGGGCCAGUAUAACCCACAGCUUAGUCGGGACGCAUGUGUUACAGGCGGCAGCGAUCAUUGGUACUUUCUGGUCAAGAACACGAACAACAAGAAUUGGGCUACGGUUGCUCUCAAGGAUUGUACAGAUGGAUUAAUGCAGGAGAUUGGCAAGUGUGGUGAGAAAGGAGGGAAACACACAACCAAUGGAAUAUACUUUGAAGUCGACCCUAGUAACGGUAUAUGCAUAGAUACCGCUUACAUUAAUAACCAUCCCAUAAGUUCCAAGUUUCGAGUUAAGAGGGAGGUGAAGAUCUUCUACGACAUCGCCAAUAGCACUGAUGUUGGCUCUGUUUAA